AUGGCGGGAGACUUCCCGCAACUUCUCCGUGUGAGAGGUGGUCGUGGGCGACCACACUCAAACCAUGGAGGGUCUGAGAGCGCCUCACACGAACUGUUGCUUCCUCUGAACUCUCCGAAUUUCCGAGACAACACAUCUCGGAGCGCGUGUUUGCCAGGAGAACGGAAAAUGCGAGCUUCCGUGAGGUCGCCUGCGGGUGCGUGCCUAUCGUAUCUGGGGGGUACAGACUCUCGACGUCUUACUGACUUGCCAAGACGCUGUGGUCCCCCUAUCCUUCGCACUCCACUGGAGGGCACUUCAUCGUCUACGAGACAUGGAACACCUUCCAGCACUCUUGGGCAAAAAACCGCCAGAGGAGAGAACUCCGGAGAGAAGUCAGGCGUGGACAGUCAAAUUACAAGCUUCAGUCCUCAAACAACAGCAGUUCGACAGAAAGUCGAAAUUGUCUUGCCAGGUCAAGAACACCAUGGCCGUCGCUAUCUUGGUUUCUUGCUGGACAUCCGCGCUGCCACGAGCGAAGCGUACAUCCAGUUUAGCGAGGCCGCGUGUCCUCCCGGGGUUUCCCGAAAGGAACGCACUUCCACUCUCCCUCUUUCAGGCGGUGCAUCCGAGCGUGCAAAGUCAAGAGUUUCGUCUACCUCGGCCACCUCGACUGCACAGCUUCUGGACCCGGCGAUUUCGUCGGAUUUAAGCAUGCUGCACGAAGCAGAAAGCAACGUCGAGAGCGGUCCCUUCAGACCGGAGAAGAAUGGCGUGUCCACUCCUCAGGCCUCAUCUCAGCAAACUUUUGCCUUUGUCCCCACUUGGAUUUCCAGUUCUUAUGUUGUGCUAGCGGGACCCCAGCGGCACACAACUUCAGAAGAGGGAACGCACCGCUGCGACGAUGCGGUUUUCUUGAAAGAACUAGGACACAGACACGACGAUACCGCAGGAGAAUACCCUAACGAAGAUCUGGCCCGGGAGGGUGCAAAGAGCAGAGAACGCUCGUGCACUACGGAACAAUGGAAAGCCGGAGACGUUGUGGAGGUUUUUCGGCCGAGCACCUUUUCCACGCCUGCCCACUAUGCUCUUGCACGAAUCCUGUCGUCGCCAAGCCCCGACAGUUUUUUUCCCGGUGUGCUUGUUUCGGCUAUGAAAGGGCGACUCGAAGAGACACAGGACGAGCGCCAGACUGAGGAUGACCUGGCUUCAAACACCGAGUCACCUCGCUAUUUCCGCGUUCGCCUGCUAUCGGCGCCCUCCGUUCAGAUCACUGUGUUGGAGUCGUCGCUACGAGACCCCCGGAGAGACAGGAUCACAGGAGAACCCGACUUCUCCGCAGCCGCCUCCGGGUCUCUCUCGUCGGCACUGCCUCUUGACUCCUCGGCGCGCCUCCACCAGUCCAUCCAGAACGGUCUUCACGAUCUUCAACACUGCAGACAAACAGACCUAGGUCUCCUGCCCUACGAAGUUCCCCUCUCAGUCCUUCUGCAGUCGAUAUGUCGAGAGACUCUGCCUGUCUCCACUGAAUCGGCCCGAUGGAUCUUGGCUGAGUGCUCGCUCGCCGGUGACGACGCUGCUCCUGGAGGCGACCAGGAAGACGAGGAGAAGGCAGCUUCAAGCCUUCUCCAGGCUCUGCAGGGCCGGAGAUUAGUGUCUCCAGCAAAAUUAUUCGAGUUUGCAGCCGCAAAUUUACGAAGCACACCGGGCGGGGGACAAAAUGAGAAAGCUCUCGGAUUCCGAAGCGACGGAAGAGAGGGGUUUCCGGGCGUCAUCGCCGUCACAAUUAUGUCAGACGGGGGGGCCUUGGCGCAAGACGGAGAUGAAGGCCGAACGGCAACUCUGGCACUCGACCGCACCACUAAGACGGAAAAGCGUGAGGCUCUCGACUUCCAUACCGACAGCAGCGACGCUGUGACGUCCGGCUCGUCAGAUGAGGACCCACAGACGAUUCGAGGUUUCUCUCCCUCGUACUCGCCUUUCCCAGGAGUGGUGUCUUCGCCCUUCUCGCUUCGCCCUGCUUCUCCGAGUGCCUCGACUUCAGGGGCCUCCCGUGGAUCCGGCUGCGCUGCCUUUCCGCAUCUGCCAUCCCCCUUCUCCCCGUUUCCAUCCUCGCCACUCGCCUCGGUGGUUUCUUCUGGAUCCGAGGGACUGACUGCAUGCGAGGGUUCCCCACUUGCAGCAGAGACUCACGGGCGAGGAACUCACUCAGAUGGGGAGGCGGGAGACGGGAAACCAGGAGGGAGCAGCGAGGCGGGCACCACAGUGGACGCUCCGGAACCGCGCGCGCUCGAGUUUUUGGGGUGCGCAGAAGUGCACGGGGAGAAAGAAGAGCAUCCACAGGAAAGGCGAAACCACGGGGAGUUGCCUGAGGGAACGACAGAGGAGGACGACAACUUGAAGCUCGUCGGAAGAACGGCCUAUCCAGGAAGAGCAGGACACGUUGAAGAGGCGACGGUGUUUCAGCAGAUAGGACUGAAAACUGUGGGAGACCCUUCGCAGUCGCAGGGUAGACAUGGCGUUGGACCCACCGGCGGAAUACGAAGUAGGGAACCACUCUCGGGAUUUCCCUGCAAAGCAAGCCGCAAGGUCUCAGGUCUAGAUUCCGAAGCAUCUCUGAGCCAGGGAGCACUGGACGCCGCAUCCGGACGCGUGAAGUCUCUCCUCGACGUGGAGGGGCGAGAAAAAUCCUUGAACUCCGCCAUCCCCGCCUCCUUCUCCCGCAGGGUCCUCUCGGAGGGUCUCCAGAAGAUCGGCGCCAGCGGUCUAAACAGCCACGAACUGGAGCAGUGCGAACUCCGCGAGGGGCAGGGAUACGCGCUCGUUCUUCUCGGGUUCGACAGGGUGGCAGUGGACCGCUUGAAAGCCAUUUUGCAAAGUGCCAGCAGGCGGAUCAUGAAGAGCCUUCUCUUUCAUGAACGAAGAGAAAAACGCCUCAAGUGCCUCGAAGAACGGACUAGCAACGGCGUCGCCUGCGUCUGUGCGGAAUUCAGAGCCAAGGAGACAAUUGGCCUCAUUAUCGGCAAACAAGGCGAGAGACUCGAAAGACUCGCGAAACGCUUCCAGGUCGAGAUCCGCGUCUUUCCCCAAGAAGAGGACUCCGCAACGCGCCGCAUCCGCAUCUACGGCUCGUCCCGCCAGACGGUCGAAGAGGCUCUCGCAGAAGUUCGGGUUUUCUCAGCUCCAUACUGUUUGUAUCCGCCUUCUUUUGCUCGCGGGCGUUUGCGUGCUGACGGCGCAGAUCAGGCAGACAACGGCUGCACGACAUGGUAUGUUUCUUCCUCGCCGUCGUCGGGGCCCCGCGCUGGUCUCCGUCCCUCUUCUCGGCUGUCGGCUUUGGAGUAUCUCUCAGACGAGGGCGGUUCGGAUCUCCAUGCCCACAAAGGAUGCCUGGCCGCCGAAGUCGCUCCGCGCUGUGUCUUCUACGCCCCGGUCGGACCCGCCUUCGCCGCCCGUCUGGGCCACCCCGGAGGGGACAUUCCCGUUGGGGUCCUGGAGGCGGAGAAGCCGAGGGAUGGUGCUGAGGAGAGCAACGUUGAAAACCAGGUCGCGAGGCUGAGAAGCGAAUUUGGACGCAAAUCCUUCUUGCGCCAAAUCGGAGCGAUGACAGGACUCGUUGACGCGUGGUUCGACAAAGCGUCUUCAACUGUCAUGCUUUGUGGACUUUCGAGGAACAUCGUUUCUGCGGCGAAUCUGUUGGACGCCCACAUUGUCCGACUUCUCCACGGUUCUUUUGCCCACGCUUUCGCUGCCACGCGUCCUCAGUGUCUCUCGCCCUCCCCACCUCCACAGGCCCCGUUUCCUCAACCUGUGAAGACUGCAGGAACGCCGUCUCACAAGAGGCUGGGUCCUUUUGCGCAGCGGAAUACUGCUGGGUUGUUUUCUGCCUCGCCACCUCGUCGCCCGCCGCAUUUGAACGCGUCGCCGUUCGCUGCUGCGGAAGCUCUUCUUGGCGCCACCGGGGCAAGGAGAACCCACGCUUGUCCUUCGCGUUUUUGCUCCCCGUCAACGAUGUCGUCCCUGGGGCAGGACACCCGGGUUCAGCAGUGCCAAGAGACAGGCGAGGUGGGAGACCCGCUGUCUCUGCCCGUUUCGUGCCUCUGCCCGCUGAUCGAGAAAGACUUCCUGUCUCCGACCUGGGUCUCGCCCUUGCGCUCGCAGGACGAAAACAAAUCGCGUGCACGCGCCUUUCCCUCGUUCGGCGGACCCCUCGACGGGGGAAGUUUUCCAGGUGGCGGCGAAGGCCUUGCUUCACCGCUGGCUUUUCUUCCACCUCUCUUCUCUUCCCCUGACUGUGUCGCGUCGUCGCUCUUCCAAGUCUUGAUGUCCACACAGAGCCUGCCGUCAGUUAGCGCUGCUCUUCACGCGUCUUCUCGUAGGGAGAAAGGGCCGGUGUUUCUUCCGUGUCGGUCCCCAAAGGUGGAAGGGGAAGGAAAGCAAGGAUUUUUCGGGGACGGUGGAUCUCCGCAGACAGUCCGAACAGACGUGUGA